AUGUGGUUUAUUUGUUCCUCACAUAAGGAUAUUUUUUUAUUUAUCUAAAUAUUGUGAUAAAACUUUCAAACUCAAACAACUGCUCGCGUUAGUGCUUUAAACACACAGUCCAACUAUUUCUUUCUGUGUCAUCCUGUCAUUGUCAGGCCCCCUACCUCCCGGACUGUACCAAGAAAAAAAAAGAAAACCGUUUAGACGUGUCGCGAGUUUGGCUUUUCGCAUUUCCUCGAGUGCGUUUACGAGUGUGCAAAGAAAUUGCGCACUCGAACCAGUCAGUGGCCAGAUAUCAGUAAUCAGUGCAGGCUCACAUAAUUAGUACAAGUGCUUAGGGAGUUAGUUAUGAUGUCGGACGAGAUUUGCGCAGUUUGUGGUAUUCCGGCUAGACGCAAGUGUGGCGGUUGUCAACAAGUGACCUACUGCGAUCAGAAUCACCAGCGGCAGCACUGGAAGGACACCCAUCGAAGUGAAUGCCGUUGUUACAAGAUUAGUAGCAAUUCCCUUCUUGGCCGCCAUUUGACAGCUACCCGAGCGAUUCGUCGUGGAGAAAUUAUCUACCGAGACCCACCGCUGCUGCUCGGACCAAAAGUAGGCAGUGUGCCCGUCUGUUUGGGUUGCCACAGAAAUUUGAUCCCGCUGCUUCAGGAUGACGGAAGAAAAAAGACAUUGUACACUUGCCGCCGCUGUACAUGGCCUCUCUGCGGAGAAAGUUGCGAAUCCUCCCGCCUGCAUACCGAAGAGUGCCAGUUGUUUUCGUCCAAGGGAUACCGGGCGCGAAUUGCUUUCAAUGAACUUGAACCAGAGCGACGAGAUUCUUCCUACUGUGUAAUUCUUCCGCUGAGGGCGAUUCUAUUGAAAAACAGCGAUCCACAAAUGUACGCAAAAAUACUUACUUUUGAAUCACAUCUGGAAACUCGUCGUACCACUCAGCUCUAUACUAUAAUGCAAUCCAAUCUGGUACCAUUCGUACAGAGUGUGCUCGGGCUGCGGGAUGUCCAGGGCGAGGAAAUAUUGGAACUUUGUGGAAUUUUGGAUACCAAUACUUACGAGAUACGGGUACCCGAAAAGGGCAUUAAAAUUCGUGCGCUCUUCAAGGAAGGGGCAAUGCUGUCUCACAGUUGUCGGCCGAACACGAAGCAUUAUUUUGAUGACAGUAUGAACAUGGUUUUGGUCGCAGCUGUGGACAUCGCGAGGAACGAAGUAAUUAGUGCAUCAUACUCUCAACCAUUGCAAUCCACAAUCCAACGUAGAUACAUUAUCAAAUUGGCCAAAUGCUUUGAGUGCUGCUGCGAACGAUGCCAGGAUCCAACAGAAUUCCAAACGUACAUUAGUUGCAUUAUUUGUCCCGAAUGCAGUACCACAGCGAAGGUCAUUGCUGUCGAUCCGACAGAUUUCCGGUCCGCUUGGCAGUGUCAAAACCAUCGGUGCACCUACAGCGAAUCCUUCCAGCAGUACGUCACACGAAACGAAGCAUUUCAGGCGAAAAUUGUGGCACUAUCAAAAGGUUCCCCACAAGAGUACGAACUGUUCCUCGCCACACACCAGUCAAUACUGCACCCGUGGAACACCUACGCACUGCAAGUGAAAUAUGCAUUGUGUCAGCUCUAUGACGGAAAGUUGGACUACAUUGGCAAGCAGCAAGAUUUAACCGAGGAUCAACUCCACCGGCAAGUGGAUCUAUGUAUGGGUCUUCUGGAGGUAGCUGAUCGAUUCGAACCUGGACAGAGCGUAUUUCGAGGCAAACUACUGUUAAAUUUACGCAAGGUGCUGUUGGUUUUGAAGAAACAACUUGGAGCUUUAUUUGACACCGAGAUGGUACCACAAUCUCGAAAUCAACAAAUUGAAUUCGGUGUUCGGAAAAAACAAAAAGACAUCGCCAGGAAACAAGUGUGCACUCAACCCUCCCUUACCUACAACCGGCAGCUGGUAGAAGUCGAAAAGGAGCUCGAAGAAAUGAUGAAAUCGGAUCCCGAACUUGGAAAGCAGUACAAAAGCAGUAGUCAGCAAUGAAGUCCAGGAAAUCGCUAGAAAUUCGAGCAUUUUCUCUCAAUCCUCGGGUUGCUUCAGCUUAUGGAGCUCCAUUUUUGAAGACUUAGAGCCGGAGAAGUGUGUAAACGAGAAAAAAGUUUUUCCACACUUUCUCGGCAUUUGCAACAACUUGCUCAGUGUUAUGGUUUUAUUUCUUAAAUAAAUUGAACAGUAAUUGUGUGCUCAUA